AUCCUCACAUACACAUUCUUUCUUCUGACAAGCAGCAUGCAGCAGUUUUUCCGUCGGUCCCAAUGACGAAUGUAGUGAGCACUAUUCUUCACUUCGCACAAUCGUGGAUGCCUCUGGUCGUUAGCACCAUGCUAGAGGGGCUACUCAUCUGCAGUACCUCAGUGAUAUUAACUUUAUCAUGCAAGUCAUCAUGAUCGCUCGGUUACAUGCCAUAUACCAGCAAUCUAGAACUAUAUUCAUGUCUCUGAUCAUAGCCUCCCUGGCUGUCACGAUCGCCUGCGGAGUGAUCGUUGCGAGAGAAACUAGCCAUAUGACUGAACAUUUGGUGCCCGGCGUCUGUCAGUGCAUUCGCGAGGCUGAGAAAGACCCACGACUUCUAAAUGCCGGAAUUUGGAUACUCACUACAGUAUGGGAGGUCUUCGCCUUCUGCCUUUCAGUCUGGAUUGCUGCAAAGCACUUCCGUGAACUGCAGCGACCAUUGACAGGAUGGAAUAUCGGGAACCGUUUCACGAUGCUAAUCAAGACUCACGUGUUUUACUUUGCAGCUUGAGCUCUAGUUGUAUCGUGAUUACCUUUUUUUCCGCUGAAGUUCUGCACGCGAUAGCUUUACUGCUACUUCUUUCCUCGCCCUCGGCUCGCUGUCUACGAAGCUGUUGGUAUGUCGAUUUGUGACUGACAUCUGCAUCCUAGCGCUCCUCA